GGGGUAGGAUUUUUAUCUCUUAUAGGAAUACAGAUAUUAGUAUCACGUGUGUGGUCUCUUGCGAAGAGAUCACGUGAUCACGUUCUCUCAUACAAAUAGAAUCUCAACAACAGCAACAGAAACGACGUCAAAGUGUUAUUGAAGGCGUGAACACACUUUACAAUAUUAUCGUCACUCUCUUUUUUUGGAUAGUGUUAUUUUCAUGCAACGUUUUGCCCUUUGCUUUAUGCGGCCGACUUCGCCAACUGUGGCACGCCAAAAAAUAUCUGUUUUUUCUACUACCUAUCGACAUUUUAUUCAAGGGGGACCACCGCCGGGGAAUCAAAAAAAAAAGCGCUAUCAUGCCUAUGCAUCGUCCCAUGAGGAUGAAAUGCAGGAGCGACACCGCAAGAAAAUGCUUGAAAUCGAAGCGUAUUAUGCCCAACAGGCCAACAAACCCGCACCAUUGCCCGAAAAUGCUUUCGUCAAGGGGCAGUAUGGUAUGCGACGACGGAUCCAUCGUGAUUAUGAAAGCGAUAUUAACGUUCAAUCACUCAACGAGGCGGUGGACAUUGGUGUUAACGCUAUGAGGAAGUGAGAAUGAAGAUGGAACAACAUCACAGAAAGGGAGGAGCAAAUUAAAAGCAUUUGUAUUUGUAUG